AUGAAGAUUUUUAAUAUUUUUCUCAUCGUUGGUUUCUGCAGUAUAACACUUGCAGAUAAUUCAUGUAUGUUUGAACAUCCAACCAAAGGUGUUAUUAAUUUAUCAUCAAUUGGUUUACGAAAUGGUAAACCUCGUUUUCAAGAUUUAUCAUCUCCGGCAAGCUCCUAUUAUACGUAUUCAUUCAAUCCAUGUUAUUCAUUUACAGAAAAUAGUUGCUAUAAUGCAGCUGUUUGUCAAAUAUCGUCCGAUCGAAAACAUUCAAUUAUAUUAGGUGCACAAGAUGUCUCUACAUGGACGAUGGACUCAAGCAUGACACCUAUUCUUACAUAUACUUAUGGUGAGAAAACAGUUUCAAUAACAAUGAUUUGCUCGGUGGUUGCUCAAGAUGAAUUUGAAAUACUUGGUGAAUAUACUGUUAAUCAUUAUUUUAUGCGUUUACGAUCACGUUGUGCUUGUUGGAAUGGAUGUACUACUCCGCACCCAAGCACUACUACUUCUAGAACAUCACCAGCAACAACACCCUUGAUAUAUUAUAAUGAAUGUCACUAUCAUGACUCUCGAUAUGGUACAAUUGAUUUAUCAUCAAUUGGUAGCAUGACAGGUACACCAAUAUUCAAAGAUGUUACAACAAUGUUUCCAGAUAAUUUUGUCUGGUCUUAUAAUCCAUGUUACAAAUUUUCUGAAGAUACUUGUCGAAAUGUAGCCGGAUGUCAAAUGGAUAAAAAUCGGGGUAUUAGUUAUACAAUUGGAUUACAAGACUAUGCUUAUUGGGUAAAUAUGAAUGCUACAAAAAAUCUUGUUGGAUGGAUUCUUUAUCCGUCACCACCAAACAAUCGACGUUUAAGCGUACAACUUGUUUGUGAUCGAUCAUUAUCAUCUCAUCGUCUUCAAGUACUUGGUGAAGGAUCUGUUGGUGAAUAUAUCAUGGAAUUAACAAGUCCUUGUGCAUGUUGGGAUGGAUGUAUUAUACCAGAGCCACGUCCAUUACGGUUUAGAUGGAAUUUUUGGACGAUUACAGGCAUUGUAUUAGUUGCGGUGUUUUUAUUAUUUCUUAUGAUGCUUACUUGUUUGUUUUGUUCAAAACCAAAACGAAGCUAUCCUAUAGUAAUAUUCAAUGAAAGAACACCAAUUAUGAAAGGUAUCAAUAGCAGACAUAAAUAG